CAAGUGUAGUACUGCCAGGUGGAUUAAAUGGUAGAUAGCUAAUCUAAUACCAUUACAAUUAUCACACGUUCGAUAUUUUAUCGUUGUAGAGUUGUAUUAGUUCUUUGUCUGGUUGGACGUUUCUGGGCAAAAUGUCUGUGAGGCCGCUGACUCCUGCUUUAGAGAAGAUGGCUCGUGAGGAGCUGAAUGAGGAUCCGAAGAGGCUGAAGGAUGACCUGCAGAGUAUCAAGGACUGGUUGGCGAAGCAGCCACACUUGAAGGCCAGGACAGAUGACCAAUGGCUGGUGGCGUUCCUCCGUGGUUGCAAGUUCAGUUUGGAGAGAACGAAAGAGAAGUUGGACCUCUACUACUCUAUCCGCACCACGGCACCUGAACUCUUCCGUAUUAGGCACACAGAUCCAAUCUUUGAAGAAAUUCUCAAAAUGGGUGUGUUCAUCAUACUACCUAAGGCGCCGGGUCCCGACGCACCACAGACGUCAAUCAUCAGACCGGCUCUGUACGACCCCAACAAGUACAACAUCUUAGAAAUUAUGUCUGCCACUAACGUGUUGAUGAGGAUUCUGUUGAUGGAGGAUGACAAUGCCACAGUGGCUGGUGGCCAGAGCAUCUUAGAUUUGGAGGGAGUAACCAUGGCGCACUUCAUGCAGAUGACGCCAGUCACCAUGAAGAAGAUGGUGGUCUUAGGACAGGAUGCAUCGCCCAUGCGUAUGAAAGGAACACACUACUUGAACACACCUCCAGGUUUUGAAACGGUCUUCAACGUAAUGAAAGGAUUGUUAAAUGAGAAAAACAGAAACAGAUUGUUCGUCCAUAACAAGAACUAUGACGCACUCUACAAAUACAUUCCUAAAGAUGUGUUGCCAGCGGAGUAUGGUGGAAAUGCCGGCACAAUUGAAUCAAUCACAGAUUACUGGAGGAAUAAGGUGAAGGAAUACAGUGAUUGGCUUGAUGAAGACAACCAGUACUGCAGUGAUGAGUCAAAGCGACCAGGCAAGCCCAAGACUGCGGAAGACAUGUUCGGUCUCGAGGGCUCAUUCAGACAACUCCAAGUGGAUUUUACCAAAAUGCAAGUGAGGCCUCUAUCACUUGCUUUGCAAGAAAAGGCUGCAUUAGAAUUGUACGAGACGCCAAAUAAACUUGAACACGGAUUGAAAGAAUUAAAGGAAUGGAUCAGUCAACAGCCUCAUUUGAGGGCUCGAACAGAUGAUCAAUGGUUAGCUGCAUUCCUGAGAGGAACCAAGCAUAAUUUGGAUCGAGCCAAGCAGAAGUUAGAUCUGUACUAUUCCUUAAGAACAGUAUCGCCUGACUUGUUUAAGUUCAGACAUACUGACCCACGGUUUAAAUAUUUAGUGCAGACUGGGGCUGCUUUAAUAUUACCGAAGCUGGCGACCCCGUUGUCCCCUCGUGUGGUCCUCAUCAAACCCAGCCUCUACGAUCCGAGCGAGAUUCAUCCAACCGACGUCUUUUCUUGUGCACAUCUUUUUCAACAGAUUAUGUAUUUAGAAGAUGACGCAUUUAUGGUGAACGGCACCAUACAUGUGAUGGACAUUGAGGGAAUCACCAUGGCUCACAUUAUGGGGAUGACGCCGACCCUACUGAAGAAGCUGGUGAUUGCUGGACAGGAUGCCUCACCACUAAGACUGAAAAGUUUACACAUCAUAAACAGCUUGUCAAUUUUGGAGAAAUUAUUUACGUUGGUGAAAAAACUUCUCAACGAGAAACAUAGGAAAAAACUCUUCAUACACAGCAAGGAUUUGAGCGCACUGCAUAAUUACGUUCCUCCUGAAAUAUUACCUGCGGAGUAUGGCGGACAGGGAGGGAGCAAACAGGAGAUAAUAGAUUAUUGGCUCAAGAAAGCAGAUCAAUAUGGAGAUUGGUUUGAUGAAGAUAUGGCGUUUGGGACGGAUGAAAGCAAGCGUCCGGGUAAAGAGAAAACAACAGAAGAUAUGAUCGGAGUCCAGGGAUCUUUUAGGCAAUUAACUGUGGAUUAGAGUAUUACAGUACCUAAUAUUAUUAUGUACGAUUUAUGAAAAAACUUAUGUGAUUUGAUUAAAAUAAUUCGAGAAAACUA